AUGUCCAAUGUUGUCAAAAUUGCGUGGUUGAUGUAAUACUUGCACAGUGAAUAAGCGGCACAUGCAUGAUGCAAAAUAUUCAAAUAAUCAUACUUACUACUUCAGGACAUGCAAUCAACCAUAAACGCAACACUGGUAACAUUACUUGUAAGGAACAUUGUAUUGAAUUGGUGCACUGACUUGAAGAUUCGUGCAAAUGUUUCGUGUAUUUAUUGAACGUAGUUUGUUGGACUAUAAAAGGUCUUCAUAGGCCUAAAUAGUGAUGGCAGGGCCAACAUUACCUGAGCGGGUGGCUCAAAUCUACUAUACCUACGGUCUAUUUUGUUCAUCGUAUCCCUUAGCUGCGAUUGGAUUCGCUUUAUCAGUUGUGUUGCUGUGUUGCUAUCCAUUAUUGAAUGUGCCGCUCCCAGGUAACAUUCCAACAGUCAUUAAUUUGCCAUGGCACAUGGACAACAUUCAACAUUUACCUCAAGCUGACUGUUCUACCAAUGAAUGCUCACAAGGUUCACCUAUGCAAUUAGACGUCUUGCUCAACGAAACCCACAAACUUCCAUAUUUAUGGGCAAAAGAUAAACCUCUUAUUUACGUGCAACAAAUUGUCAUGAAAAUAGGUGUCUCACCAUGGAACAGUAAUUUAAAAAUGUGGGAUGCAUUUCGUGCUCCGCUUCAAGAAGUCUUUCGACUGCUUGAGACUAUAAGAAAUCAUGAAGAUCCUGAAACGAAAAGCACUCUGCUGCAGCACUGCUAUCAGAUCGAGGGCGUGAAGCGCAUCAGCGAAAAGCCUGGGGCAGAGCAAGUGCUGCCUGAAUACAGCUGCCUGCUGCUGUCGCCCGCCAAUCUGUGGCAGCAGAGCCUGCAGUCCUUCUCGCUCGACGCCAACAUCGUCAACACCGUCUACAAGUACCAGAAAGGCAAGCCGCUCGCCGAGAUGUCGUUCGGCAUGCAGCUGCGCGACACGGGCAUCAAGCGGUACCCGCUGCGCGCGCGCCCGAGAGUGCUUCAGUACGCCAUCACAAUCUUCUACCAGAACCCCGAGCAAAGAUUUCUCGAUUCACUUUCCAAAAAGUUGAAGGAAAUGUACCCUCUUUAUCAAGAAUCUUACACACAUGUGGACGAAGCGAAGAUCAUAUACUAUCCAGGCCAGUUCAACUAUCGCGAGCUGGUUCCAUUGCUGAUAACAUUCGUCGGAAUAUUUCUAUAUGUUUAUUUUUCCGUGAGGAAAAUUGAAUUCAUAAAGUCUAAACUGGGACUGGCUGCCAGCGCCGUAGUCACUGUAGCAGGAAGUUUAUCGAUGUCAAUGGGCAUUUGUUUUUACUUCGGGUUUUCUUUGAGUCUGCAGGGAAAAGAGAUCUUCCCAUACCUCGUCAUAAUAAUGGGCCUCGAAAAUGUGCUGGUGUUGACAAAAAGCGUCACAUCGACAGACUCGCGACUCGACGUCAAAAUUCGGCUCGCUCAAGGGCUGAACAAAGAAGGUUGGUCUAUUACCAAGAACUUGCUAACCGAAAUCACAAUUUUCACCGUCAGUUUCUUCACAUUCGUGCCAUUUAUCCAAGAGUUCGCCAUAUUCAUGAUAGUGAGUCUGAUAUCCGACUACUUCGUUCAAAUGGUAUUCUUCGCUACGGUGCUCGGCAUAGACGUGCGGCACAUGGAAUGCUUGCAAGAUCAAAACAACAAGUUGCAUCUGAAGGAUUAUUUCAACGCGAACAACGCGCUGAAUUGGCGCUUCAGUAAGAAUUACGGCGACGAGAACGUGUCGCCGCAGAAGAUGAAGAAGUCGAAGUCGCACCCUCGGCUGAACGGGUUGGCGCAGAACAGCCCGACGGACGUGGUGGCGAAAAGGAACGCGAGUCCGGGACACCAGGAUAAUCGGGUGCCGAAGCGUAUUCGUUUGGUGAAUUUGUGGGCGCGGACUCGUUUUUUCCAGAGGGCGUUUAUGUUGUGGAUGCUGGUGUGGAUAUCGAUGAUCGUGUACAACUCGGGUGUGGUGGAUUACUUCAUCUCCGGCGGGGAGAAGGGGGAGGGGGAGGCGGGGGUGCGGCGGGCGCGGCCGGCGCGGCAGGCGGUGCUGGUGGCCUUCAACAACAGCGAGCUGGUGUUCUCGCCGCUCCCGCGCGCGGGCGAGGCGCGCGCGCCCGUCGACGCCAACGACACCAUCAUGCUGAAGCACUCGCCACACUCUCGGCCGUGGUCCAGAGUGUCCCCAUACCACUGGUCGGGCAUCCUGUCUCAGUACAACGAGUCGGUAGUAUCAUAG